GGUAGUUACCUUCUAGACAGUUAACUGGCAGGGAGGGAAGGGCAACAUCUCGCUAGUCGCCUGUCACAGAGAACAUUUACGGCGCAAUACAAUGAGUGACUUCCGUGUACGGGACGCUCACGGCCGCUGCCACGGGUUGUGUCGGGUAUAACGAGUUCACUCCGAGGAGAUCGGGUCUCUGCCAGCUUGGUAUUUCCCCCCCUUCACCCGCUGCCUCCCUCCCUCCACCCUCUGGGUCUGGACACUACUGGAUUCGUGCUGGAGUUGUGCUGACAGAUCACGAGGUUCUCCACCUCGGCCACUCGCGGCUGCUGCCACCUCUCUUAUUAAUCUACCGUCUUGGAUGUUAAAUCUCUUAUACUGGGGACUGUGACAUGCCCAUUACCGCUAUGGAUAAAACGGAGCCAAAGGUUGGUGGGAUGACGAAUAGUGUGGAGAUGGAUAGCGAAGAUGACCAUGACAGUGGACAUCAUGUCCAUUUUUCUGAAGACACUGAUAAAUUGGGCAACACAGCCAUUAGCAUUAAAGAAAAAGCAGAGGGGUGUGAAUAUGAAGCUCACGUGGGAUUCCUGCAGCUACUCCACCGGUACCAGAUUACUAUAGUUUUACCGCUGAAAGAUGCUUGUGAUGGAUACAAAGUAGCAGACAUUCCAAGCGUUUACUGUCAUGCUGAGAAUUUACAGGUGACCAAAGCUGGUGGACUGGAGUUAACAAUUAGAUUGUUAGCACAUAAAGAAAAACUGCUGCGGGAGAAGAUUGUACUGCUGAAGCCCACGGGUAGGGAGCUCAAGCUCACCCUUUUAGCUCGAGUCCUAGGUAAAGGAAAAGGGACACCAAUGCUACGUGAUCGCAUAAAGCUGAUUGGUAUUGAGUGUGAUGAGGAGUCCGAAGCAUCCGACUGGCAAGGUUUCACCUAGGUGUAUGAAAGCUGGGAAGAACGAGGAGCAAAUUGUCUCCCAUCCUGAGGAAAGUUUAGCAUCAUAUUGUAUCGAGCACCUUCCUUUCAUUAUUGUUAGGUCCUGCAUUUUUUUAUGUGAUGCAGGUUGAGUGUGUUGUUUCUCCUAAACUGUUAUUUGUUCAUUGAAUUUAAUUAUAUCUAAAGAGGUAAAAAGUGAUGCCCUUUUCAGUGUUAUAUUUAACUUGUAUUCUAGUUUCCACAAAGUGGUUUCUGUAACAUGAACUCAGAUUCCUGUUGUUGUUAUAGUCCCUUGGUUUCCAUAAUUGAUUGCAGUGAUUCUCUUUGGCAGUUAAAUUUUUUAAGACAAAAUUUGUGAAUAAUUUGGAAAAUUCUUAUAAUUGAAACAUUUUACUAUGUGGAGAAUUGCUCAUUACCUAUAUAGUCAUGGGAAGGUAGCAUUGCUGAUCAGUCUUUAAAUUGUAUAAAAGGAAUAGCCAUAAAGAAGCAAUAAAUGUAACAAUAUUGAAGAUAAGUAUUCAUAUUGAAGAUGAGGUCACAAUAACUGAAGAUUAGACUCAACAUUAGACAUCUAACCCACCAAUCUGAAAAGGAAGAAUUGACCAUGUUUCAGUCCACAUUGGAUCAUAAUCAAGUUGUUAGUACAUGACUUAAUAAUGGUUCAGGACACACCAAAGCAUCGUCAAUUCUUAAUUUUCAGAUUUGUGGGUUGGGCGUGUUUACAUACAGUAUUGAAAAUUUAAGUGAUUUUGGGUGCUUAAAUUUAGGAUAAGGUAUUUUACUAUGCCUAGGAUAAAUAAAUUUUGUACUGUAUUUAUAAGCAUUAAUGGAACUGUAAGAGGAGGAGACAAAAUAAUUUCCUACUUUUCCCUUUCCUUAUGUUCCUCCAGGUGACUUGCCCUUUGAUAGCAUCCUCGAUGAAUCCGAUAUCCUUGAUGUCACUCGCCAUAUGUCUUUUUGUUCUUGUAUUGGUAUCCUGAAUGAUAUUUAGCAGCUUAUGAAUAUCCUGCAACACAGAUGGUGCUAUCUAGUCUUCCCAGCUUGGCACCUGCUUUUGAAAAUUUCUUAUUUGCUACUUUUCUCAUGGUAGCUACUGUAAGAGAUCGAAUGAAAAUCUACUUCUAUUAAGGAAAUGUAAGUUAGGAGGCCUGGUCGAUGACCGGGCCGCGGGGACGCUGAGCCCCGGAAGCACCUCAAGGUAACCUCAAGGUAGGUUAGUGAGUGCAGUCGGGUUCGUUCUCGACUCACAAUUGGGAAUUCUGGGUUUGAAUCCUGGGCAGGACAGAAUUGGUGUUGGAAUCCUAACACCCAAUGCCUCUAAAAA